CCACGGACGCGCUGAGUCAAUGGGCAAUUAUUCUGGAGUUUCCGAGUUCCAUCUCGUUGGUUUUCCAGGAGCCUCAGAAAAGCUCUACCUUCUGAUAUCGUUAACAAUGUUCCUUAUUUAUACCGUUGUGCUUUUCUCAAACGGCACCGUAAUAUUGCUGAUUAUUCUAAAGGAGCACCUACACCAGCCGAUGUAUAUUUUUAUCGCAAACCUUGCCUUUUCUGACCUGCUUUUCGACACAAUCACAUUACCUAAAAUCAUCGCCAAGUAUUGGUUUGGAGCAGAAACGAUUUCCUUCUCCAGCUGUUUAUUCCAGAUGUUUUGUGUCCAUUUCCUUGGAUCAUUUGAUUCCUUUAUUAUCAUGCUCAUGGCUGUCGACCGAUACAUUGCCAUUUGCAUACCGCUGCGUUAUCCCUUAAUAAUCACUCAUAAAGCAACGGCCAUUUUAUGCUGGACCUUCUGGAUCUUGGCCGCGUCUGCGUCAUUGUUCAAUAACAUCUUGUUCAUCCCCUUGCCCUUCUGUGGGCCGAAUAAAAUCAAAAGCUGCUUCUGCUCGGUCUCUUCACUGUUCCCUUUGGCGUGCCAAGAUGUCACCUCCGUCCGCCAAAAAAUAUUAGUCAAUGCCAUGAUUGUGCUUCUUGCCCCUCUGGGCUUCAUCCUAUUGUCCUACGUCUUCAUACUCUGGUCGGUCAAAACGUCUGUCCACUCUGAGAACUGGCAGAAGGCUUUCUACACCUGCACCACACACCUGAUCAUCAUUGGGAUGUACUUUGUGCCUCGAGUGUUUGUAUAUUUCGCAAACUACGUCCGUCUAAUUCUCAAUGCCGAUAUAAAUGUGCUUCUUCUUUGCCUCUAUUCUUACUUGCCGCAUUUGGCCAACCCCGUCAUAUACUGUUUGCGAACGGAAGAAAUCAAACGAACUCUCGCAAAAGCUUUUAAAAUCAAAAUCAAAGUCAAUGUCAAAUGAAAUUUGCCAGGACUCCAAUUAAUUUAAUGUUAAACAAUAUUUUAACUAA